AUGUCUAAAUAUGCAAAAUUAAUGGAAAGAUGUUGGAAUUCCAAUGCUAAUAAUAGACCAACUGCUAAAGAAUUAGUGGGAUACUUUGUUAAGUUGCAGAAUGAAUUUUUUAGUAUAUAUACAGAAAGAAUUCCUACACCAGAAAAUGCGCCUAUAAUUAAUAACCAUCCAUUAUCUUGUUAUACAAGUAGAAGGAUUGAUUAUUCUGCAAAAUUAAAUGAAAUUUUCAGUGAGAAUACUUUAGAAAUUGCAAGAUUUCUAUAG